CCAUAAAAAUAUGUUAAAGGUACUCUAGUAAAAUUUGAAAAUAUCCGAAGUAGAUGCAUCUGUUUCCGUACAAGGACUAUUACAACACACGAUUGAGCGUAUUGUGCUCAGUAGUGAUUCGGCAUUUAAUGAAUACUGCAAAAGAAAAGGUUCAAGGGAAUAGUCUGUUUGCCACUACUUUAGUACCUUUGCGUAUCGUCGUGGACAAUUUCGAAAUAUGGGUAAAUCCUACUCCGCAGUCAUACCGGUUUUGUAGACCGUUGCACAUUCAAUAUGAAAAAGAAACAGCUAAUCUAAUUCUAACGGAAAAAAGUCAGGUAGAGAAGCAAAUACAUGAAUUGACCCCAAUAAGCGUUAAAACAUCUCAAGGGCAUAACGUUACAUUUUCAUGUGAUCUGACUUUAAGCGUGAUAGAUGGAAAGGUACUUAAUAUAAUUACCGGGACAUCUUCCCAGUUUAGGUGCCCAUUUUGCAAAAUCACGGCUAGCCAAUUUAAUUAUUUGGAUCUUGCUCAGGUAGCACCGACGGCAAAAGAAACUAUGCGCCAUGGCAUUAAUCCUCUACAUGCCUGGAUUCGUAUAUUGGAGUUUUUACUGCAUCUUAGCUACAAAAACGAUGCGUUAGUGAGAAAAUGGCGAAUAAAUAAGAACUCUAAGGAAAGUGAAAUCGGUGAACGACGGAAAAUUCAAGUUCAGACCGAUUUGAGAAGUAAACUCGGGUUACUCGUCGACGUUGUCAAAUCUAAUUCCGGGACAACAAAUGACGGAAAUACGGCCAAGACUGCAUUAUCUGAUAAAAACCAAGCAAUCUUCACCGAUAUAUUAGGUCUGGAACCUUGGCUCGUAGAAGGACUACAUAUUGUGCUAGUCACGAUAUCGUGCGAGUUUGCCAUAGACGCAAAAAAAUUUGGCAACUUUUGUCGCACAUUGGCUGAAAAAUAUGUCCGUUUUUAUAGUUGGCACCCGAUGACAGUAACAGUUCAUAAAAUCCUCAUGCACGGUGAAGAAAUUAUUGCGUCCAGUGCACUGCCCAUCGGUAUGCUAUCUGAACAAGCAGCUGAGUCCUGAAAUAAAUUCUGGCGUUCAGACAGAGAGCAUCAUUGCCGAAAAAUGAACAGGAGAACCACAAUGACGGACCUCUUUCACCGUGCCCUAGAAUCAUCAGACCCGUUUAUUUCUAUGGCAAAUAUCAGCCAACGUCGAAAAUAUUCUAAGCGAUUUCCCUUGCCUUCAGCUGUUUGCGAGCUCUUACAACCAAUUGAUGCAGAUCGUUUGCCGUUAUUCGAAGCAGAGGAAGAUGCUGAAGAUGAAGAUUUUUCGAACGUCGCAAAUGCAAGCAACCUAGAAUUAUUAAACGAAGAUGAUUUAUUUGUAUAAAAGUUAAAGUAGAUGUGUUGCAUAAAGAAGGUGCCGGCAGGUGAUGACACUAUCCUAGAUUGAUUUUAAAUGUGAAUGAAUUUCUAAAUCCAAAAUUUCAUCACAAUCGUUAGAUCCGUUUCCGAGAAACCAAUUACAUACCAAUAUAUUUAUAUAGGUACAUACAAUAAUUGCUCGUUUAUAGUAUAGGAUGUGUGUUAAAUUUUUUCAAACAACAUAGUUUAUUUUUUCGUUGCCAUUUAGCGUGUAAGGCAAAAUUAAAAUGUGGUCGUCAAAAUUAAAACAUAAAGUAUUCCUACAUUAUCACAUCUACAUUAGGUAGGUAGUAUAUGUAAGUAUAUUGUAUU